GUCGUAGCCAUGUGUUGCGGUCCGCCGUGAGUGCUUUGUGACAAGAAGGGAGACGCGCGGUGUCUCUCUCUCUCUGUGCGUUUUUUUUCCGCGCCUGUUUCGCGCGUGUCUCGCGAAAUUCGCGGCCUCCGGCGCGCGCGUGUGUCCACGCCGUGACGAGGGCGUCGCGGCGCAAAACCAAACCGUGCCACCGCAGGCAGGCGACCCGACCGCGGGCGUGCUGUGCGCGGACGACACCGAGACGAAAACCACCCGGGUGUGUCCCACUCCCGCGCGAGAGGAGAACGACCGACCGAGCUAGCCUGCGAGUGAGCGAGCGAGCGAGCGAGCGAGCGACGAAACGGAGAAAAGUGCGUUCGUGAGUGUGUAAGAGUGUUCGUGUGCGUGCUUCUCUCUACGGCGUCACCGACGGCGGGCGAGAAGGAGCAAGCCCGCCGGGUUCGCGCGACUGUUUAGCCGUUCGACGGCAUCGUUUUUCGCGUGUGAGUGCGAGUCGACGGAGGGAACAGGAGGAGGAGGAGGAGGUGCAAGAGAAGCAAGAAGAGGAGGAGGAGGAGGAGGCGAGUUGGUAGCAGUGUCGGUUCUACGAAGAGCAACUGAGCAAGAAGGAUGUAGAGGGGAAGAGAGCUGGAGAGAAAGAGAGAAAGAUAGCGCGCAGCCCGGGCGACCCGACCGUGUGAGAUCAAGAGAGAGCGAACGCAACGCGGUGCGGACAGGGAUAGAAAGUGAGAAAGAGGUAAAAAGUGUGUGUGUGGUGUGUGUAUUUGUGUGUUUGUGUAAAGCUUAAGGACGCGGGCGUGAGCGCGUUUGUUUGUGCUAACGUCGUCGCGACGCGACAUUCGUAGCCGUUGACCGAGAAGACGGACGAGCGAGCCUCAGGUCGCCGCGGAAAAACGUCGUCGCCGCGUGCGCUUCGUCUCGAGCCGUCGCUUCGGGUCGCGCGCGGAGUGCUGUGCUCGUGCCGCGCGAUCGUCGUCUCCCUGCUGCGUGUUUUCCGUGUUUACCGGGCGUAACGGCGGCGGAGGAGCGGUGCGCGCCGCGCGCGCGACACACACACACGCGCGCGCGAGGAGCGGAAGGAGCAGCAGUGGGAUCGAGCGAGGAGCGGUCGGCGCGAGGGAGCGAAGGAGAGAGAUAGCGAUAGGCGGAAAAAAAAUCGGAGUUAUGGUGUAAAUAACGCGCGGGCUGCGCGUCGCGACUUGGCGGUCGCGUUCGAUCGGGGUGUGUAUCCGCCGUGCGCGGUGGUGGUGCGAGUACAACGAGUUCGGAACGAGCGCGGUGGUUCCUUGGCGGCGGCGGCGGCGGCGGCGGCGGCAGCGGUAGCAGUGCUUCGACUGUGUUGUACGUGUAUGUGUGUACGUGCGUGAGAACAGGGUCGCGCGCGAGGUGAAGCUCGCGGCGAAUACAGCGACGAGCGCGCGGCGGCCGGCAGCCGCGGCGGCGACGAAGCGGUUGGAUUAUACGGGCGACCAACGAGAGGAGAUACCCCGGAAUCUGACACGCGUAUAUCGGGCGCGCGAGGUGACCCGACGGGAACGUGUGGAGCGCCCCGCCGCGGGGGAGAGGAGCGCCCCGCCGGUCAUCGUUCCUGUGUGUAUGCGUGCACGCCUGGUCCUCGUCGACACGCGGCGACGAUGAGACAUUGGCGAAGAUGAAACAAUCUUCGGGGAGAAAAGGAUGAAGCUUCUUCACUUAAAGAUCAGAUUCAGGAUGUCAAAGGCACCGUCAUUUCCUCAACCAAAGGCAAGGAAAUUAAUUCGCGAGUUCAAGAUCGGAAGCACGUCGAUCAGCCGAGGCGCGGUUCCGUCGGGAAAUCGAAGGGAAGAACCGCACGCUAGGCUGACGCCGACUGGGAGGAUCGUUUCGGAGGACAUGGCUUAACUGGCGACAAGUGGGAGACAGGUGGAGGAGCCGCCAUCCUCGGAUCUCAGGAUUCCGAGAGCACGGAUGGUCGCCGAGAUUUCCUACGACGUUGGAAGUAAUCACGAGUGGUGUCGGGUGGUGUGUUCGUGAUCAAAGGGGGGGGAGGGCUCAGUGGCUGUGAUCGUGGUGUUGUUAUUGUGUCGGGAAUCAGUGUGUCGUCGGUGAAGAGUGGUGAGAGGUAUAUCGGGUUGCGCGUCCCAGCUACGCGAGUAAGAAUUAACGACAGAAGCAAGUGUGGUGAGGAGAAAUCAAGGUGGAUAAGGUGUACACACGGUAACCGAGCAGUGGAAGGCGAGAGUGAGAAGAAGAGAGAAGGAGAAGGAAAGCGAGAGAGAGAGAGAGAGAGAGAGAGAGAGAGAGGAAGAGGGGUGAGAGCAGAGAGGAUACGGCCGGAUAUAUCGCGAAUUACGUCGAGCCAGAGUAGAAGCGAGAGAGUGAGUGAUGUGUUCGAUGGACGAGGCGCGUCUCGCGGGCGGUGGUCGGGGUAAUGAUAACGCGUGUAGUCGCGCGCGCUACCACUACUACUACCUGGUAUCCAAAGUGAGAAACGGCGGGCAGUCGGUGACCAGGCUGGCGGGCGCCGGGGAAACGUUUCCAAGGGCAUGGCGACCACGCCACUAGGCGGUCGCCUCCCUAACGUAAACCGUAAAGGACCAUCUCCGUGCAUCGGUGGUGGUGGUAUUAGUAGUAGUAAUAGUAAUAGUAACAGUGGUGGUAACGCGAGCAACGGUAGCAACAGCAGCAACAACAACAACAACAACAACAACAGCAUCAUCAACAACAGCAAUCACCACAACAACGGCUUAAGUAACAACAACGCCAGCAGCGGUGGUCAGUCGAGGAGGCAGGAGAGAGCGUUGGUCGGCAGAGAACACCGCGAUCAUCGUCACCAUCACCAUCACCAUCACCAUCACCAUCAUCACCAUCAUCAUCACCAUCAGGGUCGGGACAAGUCAUCAUUGUCAUCGUCGUCGUCGUCGUCGUCGUCGUCGUCAGGGCAGCAGCGUGAGUCCAAUAAAGCAAGCACAGUGGCUGCUAACGCCGGUGAACUGGAUCCGGCCGCGACGAAUGCGACCAAUAACUUUGAGUACGACGACAACGAAUGGGACAUUGGCAUAGGUGACCUGAUAAUCGAUCUUGAUGCGGACAUUGAGAAGACGAGGGACGAGAAAUUGAGCUCGGGGACAGGCAUGGCUUCUACGCCUGCCUCGGCAGCAUCGGCACCGAAUAACGCGAAUCAUCAUCAGUUACAGAACUCAGCGAGUGGUCUCAACUCCAAUUCUUCGUCCUCGUCCGUCCCGUCGACUGGCACGAACGCCGGCAGUCAAUCGUCGUCGUCCUCGUCAUCGUCGUUGUCGUCGUCCUCGUCCUCGUCAUCCUCAUCGUCAUCGUCCUCCUCUUCCUGCGGCGUAAAUUCGUCGUCAGCUCGCUCCAACAGCCCCGGGAGCGGUAGCGGCGGCGUCGGCGGCGUCAGCAGCAGCGCGAACGGCACCGGCGGCGGUAGCGCGAACGGCGCCGGUAACACGAACGGCACCGCGUCUAUAGUCACCGGUCCCGGUAACAAGCAAGCGUCGGGCGUGAACGUGAGUGGCGUUAACGCCUGCCACGGUAACGCCGGAAAUCCCGGCAAGAUGGCCGUUGAACACUCGGCCACCGUCGACAAGGGCCUCAAGAUGAAGAUCAAGCGGACGAAGCCUGGUACAAAGACCAGCGAGGCCAAACACGAGAUCGUCAAGUCGAACGAGAUCAACGGCACCGCCUCGUCGCAGGACUCGAACAACGGCACCGGCGGCGCCGCGUCUUCGACGUCCUCGUCCUCGGCCGUCGGCUCGGCCUCCGCCUCCGCCGCGGUCGCGCAGAACUCACAGAACUCGGAAUGUGGCGCGGCUGGUGGCGGUCAGUCGUCCUCGUCGAACAAGUCCAAGCCGAGCCACUCGCCGGCGUCGGCCGGCGGCACCGGUGCCGCACCCUCGUCCACCGCCGGCUCGAAACGCGGCUCGAGCGGCCAUCGGCGCGACAAGGCGCGCGACAAGCACGAGAAGCCCCAGAGCAAUCACACACCCCAGCAGACCAAACCGGAAAUGAACGGUACCGCUCGCCCGGCACCGCAGACCCAAAACUCGGCCGGUGGCGCGACGCAGUCUCAGGGCCCGACGCCGGCCGCCACGGCGCCGCAACAGACCCAGGGACCACCGCCCAGUUCGAGGACAGGUUUCUCCGUGUCACAGGGCCCCGGGCCACCCGCGACCAGCGCGGCGGCACCUUGUCCGCCGCCGAGUCCGGCGAGCGCCACGGCGGCUGGCGCGGCGGCCAAACCGGAACAGACCAAGGUCGCCGCGGUGCCGGGUCCACCGCUCACCACACCCGCCGAGGAAGCAAUGGACACUGCCGCUAGUCCUCCGCCCGCGAAAAAGAUGAAGACGGAACCAAAGGACAUGUCCGACGUGUGCGUUGGGACCAGCGUGGGGACCAUCACGGAGCCGGAGUGUUUGGGGCCUUGCGAGCCCGGCACCUCCGUCACCCUCGAGGGCAUCGUUUGGCACGAGACCGAAGGAGGUGUACUAGUGGUGAACGUUACGUGGCGUGGUAAGACGUACGUCGGGACGUUGCUAGACUGCACGCGUCACGAUUGGGCGCCACCACGUUUCUGCGAUUCGCCGACCAGUGACCUGGAUGCCCGCACGCCUAAAGGUCGGGGUAAACGUGGUCGCGCCGCAGCUAACUCUACACCCGGUAACGACCUGAGCAACUUCACGGAGACAAGGAGUUCCGUGCAUAGUAAGCUGCGUAACGGCGGCAAGGGUCGUCGAGGUGCGCAAGGUUCACCGGCUGCUAGUCCGAGUCCGGCGGCAUUCGUGCCACCACGACCGGAUCCGGCGGCGAAACGGAAGUCUCGCGGACCCGAGGAGGAACAGGACAAGAAUAAGCGACGGGCGCCACCGCCGACGCCACCCAGCGGUUCGCCACCUGCUAGUCCAGUGUUACUAGAGUGUCCCGAACCGAACUGCAGUAAAAAGUACAAACACAUCAACGGACUCAAGUACCACCAGAGUCACGCGCACGGCUCUGCCGACGACGACGAUACCAAGGAGGGUAUCACCAGUAUGUCGGAGAACGACGAGAGCAAUAUCGAGGCACCGAGCCCUGCCACGCCGGUAAAAUCGCCGGCGGACAAGCCCGAAGGUACGCCAGUGAGGGCGGCGAGUCCGCCGGCGGCGGGACUGCCACCGGAAACGCCGCCGCCGCCCCCGCGAGUACCAUCGCCCAGUAUAGAACCGCCCACGCCUGUGCUCGCGGACAAAAACAUCGUCAAGCCGGGCGUGCUCAGGUUUGGCCAGGACGAUUUGCCGGCACCCACUUCCACGGCGCCAUCGAGGCAGCAGCAGCAGCAGCAACAGCAAUCUGUGCAGCAGCAGCAGCAACAACAACAACAACAACAACAGCAGCAGCAGCAGCAGCAGCAGCAACAGACUCAGUCCUUAGGCUCGUCAAACCCGCCUCAAAGUCCCAGUCCCCAUCCCAGUCAGUCUCCCAGGCCCGUGCCUUCGCCGCAUCCGAGCACAAACAUCCCCCAACCCCUCAACAUACCGCAACCACCGCAGCCAUCUCAGAUGCAACAGGCGCAUCAAUCUCAGAAUCCUCUUCUGCAGCAAGCGCAGCAGUCGUUACAGCAAAUCGGUCAACAACCGCCACAGCAGCUGCAGCCUGGUCUUGGCAGCCAGCAACAGCAGCAGCAAUUGCAACCGUCUGUUCAGCAACAGCUGCCGCCGGCGCAUCAGUUGCAAUCGGUGCAGCAUCCUUUGUCGGCUCAGUUGGGCCAACCCGCGCAGGCUCACGUGGUACAGCCGUCUGGAUUACAGCAACAGGCCAGUUUACAAAGUAUAGCCAGUCAGCACCCGGGUUUGCAAAAUCUUGCGAAUCAAGUGUCGCAACAGACGGCGGGUCUACAGACGGCGCCACCACCACCAGGUCAUCCGGGUCAGGGUGUACAAUCGCACUUGCAGCAGUAUCCAACUGCGGUGUCGCUGCAUGCCGCUGCGGCGAAGAUGCCACAGUUCAAGGUGAAACCCACGGCUGCGCUUAUGCCGGAGCAGGAUAAGAGCAAGACGAAUGUGGAUGUGCGCUCUAACAAACCGCAAGGCUACAAGAAGAAAUCGCGAAAAUCGCCCGGCGGUAGUCCGCAUCCAUCACCCCUUGAAGCGCCGAUUGUCGAUUCAGCGCGCGACGACGUACAAAGCCCGGCCUAUUCGGACAUAUCGGAUGACGCGGCGCCGGUGCUCGAGGCCGAACCAGUGGACAAGUCCAAGCAGAGUCAAGAAAAGGACAACAAGGCCACGGCGCCAGCGCAUCUGCCUGCGCAUUUCAGUAUGUACCAGUACUACGGUCAGCCAUCCUACCUGGUGUCCAACGUUUCGGACAGUAAACCGGUAGUAGACCAGAAGCCGAGUGAUCUUACGCCCAAGCAGGAGAUGAAACCGCUCAACAUACCGCAGAUGCCUUCGAUGGCGAGCUUGCAGAGCGUCGUGUCGGAAAAGGAGAAGAAAGAACUGAGCCAACCUGUACCGCAGCCGCAACAGCAGCCGCACUACUAUGGCGGUUACGGUGGUUACAUGCCGCCAGGCUACGCCUAUCAGCCACCGCAACCGGUCUCGCAACAGCAACAACAGAGUCAGCAGUCUCAGGAUCAGGAGCCGCAUGAGCAGAAGGUCAAGAUCAAGCAGGAACCACAGCCACAGCCGAGUUUGAAAGAUAAGCAGCACGAAAACCAUCAGAUACUCAAGGAGAGUAUCGAGAUGAAGAGUCAAAUGAGUCCAUACCACGUUUAUCAUAGCUCUCAAAGUCAACGAGCGGCACCACCGCCGCCCCCUCCGGGACCUGUUCAAGAUGACAGGAGGUAUUACCUGUAUCCGAGUGAGCAAAGGAGAAAAGAAGAAUCGAGCAAACAGAGUCAACAGUCAAAGGCGCCACCGCCCAGUCCGAAGCAUCAGCCGAAGCAGGAAAAACCACAGGAUCUCGGAAAGAGCGAGGACUCGAAGAGCAAACAGGAGGGCGUGAAGCCGACGAUGGAGACUCAGGGACCGCCGCCGCCGCCUACCUCGCAGUACGCUUACAUUCAUCCCAGUUACAUGCAGCCACAGCACUACGGUGCGCUGCCGUUCGAUCCGGGCCAUCCGGUCUACCGCGGCCUCAGCCCCAUGCUGGUGCCUGGUCCGUAUUCGAGUAACCCCUAUCUCCACCAGCUGCCUAGGUAUCACGCACCGGAAGAUCUCAGUCGGCCACCCGGCGGCAAAGCGCUGGACUUGCUCCAACAUCACGCCAAUCAGUAUUACUCGGCGCACAAGAUACACGAGCUUCAGGAGCGCGCGCUCAAGUCACCAACGCCCAAGGCAUCCGCGGCGUCUGCCAGCCCGUCUUCAGCUGGUCCGACCCCCGCCCGGCCUCCUAGCGGCCCGCCUACCUCAGUUGCAGGCCCGGGCCCACCGCCGGGCCAAGGUCAACAGCCGUCCGGCAAGCAGCAGGGUCAGCCGGGUAGCCAGCAGCAGCAGCAAGGCGUGGUGGAUGCUAGUGGCGGCAAUCUCGGCAAGGACAAUCGAUCGCCGCCUCCGCAGCGACACGUGCACACGCAUCAUCACACUCACGUGGGCCUGGGGUAUCCCCUGUUGACGGGACAGUAUCCCGCCCCCUACGGAGCGGCAGUGCUGGCAAGUCAGCAGGCCGCCGCGGUAGCCGCCUCGGUGAUCUCGCCAUUCCCGCCCAAGUGACCCGCGGCCCCCGCCCCCGUCCUGCCCGGCGGAACCGCCGGGGGCAGCUCCGCCGCACAGACCCACCACACGCAUCCGGCGGCGGCGAGCGGCGCGUCCGGUGCGGGACACCCGCACGGCACCGCCGCCGGUGGCGGCAGGCUGCCGUAGGAGGCAUGGACACGAGCGAGCGAGCGGUGCAGCCGAUACUGAGCAGGGUGCCGCGUGUAUUUUCCAUGCUGCGUUAUACGGCUGGAUUAGGACCAAGGUGUAACCACUUAAAAGAGGCUGACGACGGCCAGAUUAGGACCAAGGUGUUUUCUACCUGCUCUGCACCGCCCGUUCUCUCGAUGUCGCUCGAAGUUGGGAUCCUGGAAAGGCUAGUUGAAACUGUUGAGACAUUAGGACCACGAUGCGAUCAUGAUGACCAAAAUGGCCGGUGUUGUUGUUCCUCUUUUCAACAAUGGUACUAGGGACUGAAGACUAGAUGGGACCGCGAAGGCUGGCCGAAAUAUUAGAAUCGAGGAUGUGAUGGCCAGUAAAAUAAGGAAUGAUAAUGUUCCAUGUGGUGUGUUGUUCACUCGCUUGAUAAAGGCUAAGGUUAGAACUUUAGGGCAAGAUGCAGGGUGCUUUAUGUGCUAUUUAUCAUGUCCCUACGAACUGAGUUAAACUAGAAAUUCUAGAGAAGACUAGAAAUUAUGACUUCUAAUAAUUUUAGAAGGUUUGAAUGAAAUCAGGGAGACUAAUGGAUCACGAAGAUCUAACUUUCCAAAUCAGGCGCAAACGUGGAAAGUACUAUAUGUAUCAUUGAAUUUAGAGGAGGGUAUGAGGAAGAGACUGAACUCGAUCGGACGCACAAAUACGUUGUCUGUUCUCAAACAGAACUGUUGACGAUCUAUUGAACUGAUCGCGGCAGGGUCGACGAGACGAUCGUGUGCGAGCAAUCCUCCGGACGUAUCGAACUAUUGGACCGAUGCUCACGCGACGAGAGGACAAAUUUCCUCCUUAAGUACUCCUCCCCCGAGUAUCGUGACGCCCCCCCACGUAUGUCUAUUGCGAAUCCACGAUUCUCACGCAGACGAAACCAGCUUGCUGGAUAUCCUUCUUCGUGUACAUAGUGUAUAUCUAAGGAACACGCGCCGCAUAAUGUAAAGACGCCUUCGGCUAGCGUAGGAAUAAGCGAUUGUGAGAGCUCGAUCUUAGCCCGUAGAUUGAGACCUCUGGCGGACUUCGAGAAGUGCGAUCUAUCUCGCGAGAUAAAGAGGGUUCUCGAGCGGGAUCGAGCGAGAGUUGCCUCGUUUCGGUGUGGAUUGGGUUCGCUCAGUGCUAUCCAGAAGUUGCGCUGAUUCCUCGCUGACGUUCGUUGACGCCUGGUAACGCUCGGUUUCUCUUUUCUUUCUAGCGUUUAGAUCUAAACGGACCUUGUCCAGGUAGGAUAAUCCCGGUAAUUCGGGGAUGGAACGGGACAAUGGCAGAUUCGGAAAGAUAUUGUCAAAAAGGUAGCGAUACAUUCGUAGCUGAAGUUGAGAUAGUCCGAGGGGGGGAUCCGGUCCAUCCACCGGGACGAGGCGUGUGGGAGCUAUGCGACGACGGUCGCGAAGAGGCAGGCGUCUCGUUAGACUGAAGCACGCGAGGACGAACGGUACCGUCGGCGUUCUCGCGUCUACGGGGCCGCGCUGGCAAAAAUUGCGAAGUGCGUAGAUUUAAUGCGUGCCGGGUGCGAGCGCGGCUCCGCCCCCGACUCUCAGACUCGAGCGUGUAUGAGUGUAUGUGUGUGUCGAGGCGAGGUGGAAUUUUUAUCGAGCGUACAGAAGCUUAAGAGAGAGCGAGCGAGCGAACGCAUAUAAACGUGUGCGUGUGCAUAUAUGUAAGAGAGAGAAAACGAGAGAUAAAAAUAUAUAUAACGAUUACAUAUAUAGGAUACACGAGAGAUGUAAGAGAGUUAGCGAAUCACGUGCGUCGACUGCCUUGUACAAGCAUAAUGCAUGCGUGUGGGAUGUGCGUGCGUAUAGAUUCCGUAUCGAUGUAUUUUAUUGUAAAGAAGUAAGACAAAGAAUUUUAGGCGUGCGCAGACUUCGAUUUUUGUAGAAAAAUUGUAUAACUUGCUGAUAACUUAUCUCUUAGGGAAAUGAAGAAAUCAUGAUUGUGUGUUGACCGAUCGCUAAAUGCCUAUAACGCGAUAACCAGAGGAGAAACUCGUCCUUAAGGCAUGAACGAUUUAUAAACGACGUCGCGAGGACGAAAGGAAGAAAAACGGAAGAAAACGAGGCGACACGUAAUGCGUUGAUUCUAAAUAAUUAAGUGGCGUUAAGUGACUGUAAAUUUGAUGCUAGAACGCUAUUUGUUUACUAAGGUAAUGGUAGCCACAAUGAUGCGCGAGAAAGCUAGGGGGUAGAAAAAGGGGGGCGAAGGAGGGGUGCAGGGGCGAGACUCAAAGAGCGAAAUAAAUAGGAGAUCGAGAGGCGUAUAAUUACGUCAGCAUAUGCAACUAUAUAUAUAUGUAUCUAUAAACUACAUAAUGUUUGUUCAGUAACUACUAUCGUCAUCCAUUUUAUAUAUAUUAUGCGAUUAUUGAUUAUUAAUUAUAUUAUUUUAUUACUAUUCGUCAGUGUGACGUAAGGUAGAGAGAGAUAAAGGGGGGGAGGGGGGGAAAAAGGGAAGAGAUAACGGUGGUGCGACAAAUUUUAUCAGGCAACGUUUUGCGAAUGCCAAAUCAAAAGAUACGGCCGAUGAUGCGUUUCAUAUAGCGGGAGAGAAGAAAAAAAGAUAUUUAACAAAACGAACGAAAUUGAAGAGCGGGGCAAAACGCAAUGCAUCUAUUUUGCCGAACUUGAGCGAAACCGCGAUAGGGAAACGUGUGCGCGCGCACUUAUGAAAGCGAGAAAAUGUGCGUAUACAUGCUUUGUGCGUCGUGUACAUGUGCGUAUGCGUGUGUACGUGCGUGCGUGUGCGUAAGUGCGUGUAUUGUGUGUGUGUAUAUGUGAAUGAGUGAGAAAAAUAAAAAAAAAAGUGAUCCGCCUCAGUUUUAGUGGGGCGUCCAGCGGACGAAAGGGUGGGCUUUAAAAGAAAUAAAUGCUGGUGCUGCUCUGUGAUUUUUGUAAAGGAAAAAGAAACAAAUAGUAAAAAGAGAGGAGGAACCCGAGAGUGAAGGAGAUACCGAGAGAAUACACGAAACGAUCGAGGGACCCGAUAUUCUGCGGGAUCUUCGUGAGCAUAAAAGAAAUACAAAAAACGAAAAACGGAAAGCAACACGUAGAGAGAUAGCUUGAGUACCUGGACCCUGCCCUGGUCCGCGCCUGCCUCCGCAAGCGGAGGUGCAAAGAAAAGAAAAAAAAAGAGAGGAAGGAAGAGAGAAAGAUAAAUGAGAAGUAGUGAAUGUGAGAGUGAAAGAAGAGUGAGCAAGAGUGCGCUGCGUCGCGUUUUAUACAAUUGUACAGGCUGUAAAAUGUAUUCGCUUUCAGUAACAAGAAAAAAAAAAGAAUUUUAAUAUAGAUCGUUAAUCGCUAAUUAGGGGAUAUAAGUAGAGGGAGAAAGAUAUAAGGAGAAAGAAAGAUGGUGAGAGCCAUCUCUCGUAAGCUCAAAAAGCUUUAUUGCACCUACACGCGAAUCGCACAAGACGGGUUAUAAGCUUUGUGGUUCAUGGUAGAUGAUGGUCUUCGCCCUCCCUCGCACUCCUUCUGCUAGCCCCCGCUCGCCCUGUGGGAAUGAGAAAUCCCUCGGGACGCGCAAUUCGCCCAAGUGUAAUAGGGAGCGUAUGUAAUUAGCAAUUGGAGACAACCUCCGUGUCCGAGAAUACGACACUGUAGCGAGUACUACGCAUAUUUGCCAGGACGUUGCAUAAUCGAUCGUGAGAGUAUCGUGAGAGAAAGAGGAGAGAAUUAGCGCGAGAGAGAAUGUGAAAAAUACCGAAGAGAGGAAGGGAAAUAGAGAAACGGUAUGAGAAGAAAGGGAUGAAUAGAGAUGCGUGUAUGCAUGUAUGUACGUAUAAAAGAGGUGUGAGAGAGGAUAGAAGCGAAUGGUAAACGAUACUAAGAGAACUGAGACAUAUAACAUAAUAAACAAGGACCCUUAUUCUCGUCUCCUUUUUUUAGAAUGAUAAAAAUAGUGAGUCGUUACGCUUUAUAUAUUAUACAUCUCGAGUAUAUGAAUAUACGAGUAAACAUAACGUACAGAGAAAGCAGGUACAGAAGAAAAAAAAACAUGCAGGCAUCUUGUCGUUAAAUUGUAAGAUAUUGUGUUCAAACUCCAGAAUGUACUCUGAUCCCCCUUCCUCAGACUACUAUAUAUUAAAUAUAUUGUGCACUAUGCUCCAACUUGUCCAUACAAAUAAAUAUAUUCAAAAAUCUCAAA